GCCCCGGCGGUGCAGCCGGUGUCAUGGCGGCGGCGCCCAGCCUGCUCCAGCCCGGCGGCCGCGCUCCGGGGAUCAGCGCCGACCCUGCGGCCUCGGAGGUGCUGAACAGGGCCCUGCGCUCCCUGGCCGGGCUGGCGGGGCAGCUUAACCUUGGAGACGAUAUCGUGAAAGUUGUAAUCGAUUGGAGCAAGCUUCAAAGCACACCUGCACUUCAGCCAACAGUGCUCUUUAGUGCACUUCAGCAGCAUAUUUUAUGUUUGCAGCCUCUCUUAGAAAAACUUCAGUCAUUGACUAAAGAGGAAAAUAUAGGAUGUGUUGAACCUGCAGGUAAAACAGAAGGCCCAACUUGUGAGACAAGUUUGGAUUUUUAUGGUGGUAACUGUCAGACUGAAGAAAAGUACAUGAGGUAUGACUUGGGAGAUCUGAAGGAUGCUCAUAUUGAUUUUGAUCCAGAGGUGGUUCAAAUAAAAGCUGGAAAAGCAGAAAUUGACAGGCGGAUAUCAGCCUUCAUCGAGAGGAAACAAGCUGAGAUCAAUGAAAAUAAUGUCAGGGAAUUUUGCAAUGUUAUUGAUUGUAAUCAAGAAAACAGCUGUGCCAGAACAGAUGCAAUUUUCACACCUUAUCCUGGAUUUAAAAGCCAUAUAAAGGUUUCUAGGGUAGUAAAUACAUAUGGUCCUCAGACUAGAUCUGAAGGAGCACAUGGGUCCAGUCACAAAGCCAAUGUGCCUAUUCAUGAUUGUGGAAACCAAGCUGUUGAGGAGAGAUUGCAAAAUAUUGAAACACACUUACGGUUACAAACAGGUGGUCCUGUACCAAGAGACAUUUAUCAGAGAAUUAAGAAGCUUGAAGAUAAAAUCCUUGAGCUGGAAGGACUGUCUCCUGAAUAUUUUCAAUCUGUAAGCUGUUCUGGCAAGAGGAGAAAGGUUCAACCUCCCCACCAGAACUAUUCGUUGGCUGAACUUGAUGAAAAGAUCAAUGCCAUAAAACAGGCAUUACUGAGGAAAACAAAAGAAAGCAAGUUCAAGGAGGCUGAGCGGCUUCUUCGAUAAAAAAACCCAAACCAGAGUCUUCAGAAUCCUCAUCACGCUUUACACAACCCUAAACCAUAGGCCUGAGUAGUGUUCAUCAGGAAUGACUUGAGCAAUGAAAACAAAGCAGGCAUAUAAGCUUCUUUUGGGUGAUCUUGAAAGCUUGCUUUCAGAAGGACUCAUUUAAAAACAGUCUUAAUAAUGAAAUAGUUUAAAAUGAAGAAUGUUUUAGGAGUAGCAUUCUGAUAAUUCAUUUCCCUUCUGUUUUAAAGGAGGAUUGCAGCACUGGUUGUAUGUGGAAAGUCUUAACCCACAUAUAAAAGCUACAUUUCACAUGUAAUUCUUGAUGAUUGAUGUAAGUAGCUUGCAUAGAUUUGUGAAAUAAGAUUAAGUACUUCCUCAUAAGUAGACUGUCUUAGGAAAAAAAUACACCUUGGAGUAUGCAUGCUCACCUGGAUUUUUUUUCUGUAUUUGUGACUGUUUCCACAACUGUUAAAAAUACAGCAAAUUGCAUUUCUGUUUGGAAGAUGGUUAUGAAAAUCCUAUAUAUGUAAAUAGAGAUACGUGUUCUUCAUGUAUCUUUCUCUGUGUCCUGUAGGAAUUCAAAUUUCAUAGUCUGCUAAUAAACAUAGUAUGUUCUACA